CCCCCGACCCCGCCAGCCAUGCCCGGCCCGGCCGCCGGCAGCAGGGCCCGGGUCUACGCCGAGGUCAACAGCCUCCGCAGCCGCGAGUACUGGGACUACGAGGCGCACGUCCCCAGCUGGGGUAAUCAAGACGAUUACCAACUGGUUCGGAAACUUGGUCGAGGAAAGUAUAGCGAAGUAUUUGAGGCUAUUAACAUCACCAACAAUGAGCGAGUGGUGGUCAAAAUUCUCAAGCCAGUGAAGAAAAAGAAGAUAAAACGAGAGGUUAAAAUUCUGGAGAACCUCCGUGGUGGGACAAAUAUCAUUAAGCUGAUUGACACCGUGAAGGACCCUGUGUCAAAGACACCAGCUUUGGUAUUUGAAUAUAUCAAUAAUACAGAUUUUAAGCAACUUUACCAGAUCCUGACAGACUUUGAUAUCCGGUUUUAUAUGUAUGAACUACUUAAAGCUCUGGACUACUGCCACAGCAAGGGAAUCAUGCACAGAGACGUGAAGCCUCACAAUGUCAUGAUUGACCACCAACAGAAAAAGUUGCGACUGAUAGAUUGGGGUCUGGCUGAAUUCUACCACCCUGCUCAGGAGUACAAUGUCCGUGUCGCCUCAAGAUACUUCAAGGGACCAGAGCUCCUUGUGGACUACCAGAUGUAUGAUUAUAGCUUGGACAUGUGGAGUCUGGGCUGUAUGUUAGCGAGCAUGAUCUUUCGGAAGGAGCCCUUCUUCCAUGGUCAGGACAACUAUGAUCAGCUUGUUCGCAUUGCCAAGGUUCUGGGUACAGAUGAGCUCUAUGGUUAUCUGAAGAAAUAUCACAUAGACCUAGAUCCACACUUCAACGAUAUCCUGGGACAACAUUCUCGAAAACGCUGGGAAAACUUUAUUCAUAGUGAAAACAGACACCUCGUGAGCCCUGAGGCUCUAGACCUUCUGGACAAGCUCCUGCGAUACGACCACCAGCAGAGACUGACGGCCAAGGAGGCCAUGGAGCAUCCCUACUUCUACCCCGUGGUGAAGGAGCAGGCCCAGCCUUGUGCAGAGACCGCUGUGCUUUCCAGUGGCCUCACGGCAGCCCGAUGAAGACUGGAAAGCGACGGGUCUGUUGCAGUUCCUCCCACUUUUCCAUAAGCAGAACAAGAGCCAAAAUCAAAGCGUCCUAAGGUGUGUAGAGAGAUCACGUCCCGUGAGCAGACACAAAACCGUGGCAGGUGUGGCGAACAUGAACUAAACCAACUGAAGGGCAGCCUGCCUGCGUAAAUCACACCUCACUUUCGAGUGUCAAAGGUCCCCACGACUCUGGCUUCCUGUUGACUUCCUCCUGACCCAGAAAGCAUGGGAGAGGUGAAGGGGACUGCACAAUGGCCGGUGACUGUCUCGCCCGCGGCCAUCCCCACCCCACAUGCGUCCUGAGGCUCUGGGUGCCCUUGCAGAACUCACUAGCUGGCCACAGGCCGCAGUGGGGCAUUGGGGGCAACUUGGCUUGGCGCACAGUCCCACAUCAUAAUUUUAAAAGUAUAUAUUAUUGAAUAAAAGGUUUUGAAAGAAA